AUUGGCAGAAUUGUGCGAAAUGCGCAGAUAAGCCAUUAAUUAAAAAAGAAGAAGAAGAAGAAUGUUGAAUUCAAUUGAAGCUUAGAAAAGAAAUGGGAGUAGAGUGAAAUUUAAAGUAUUGUUUUUUAAUGUUCCUUGAUGUUUAUUUAAAUGGUGAAUAGUGUUGUUUAUUAAUUGCUCUAAAGUAGUUUUCAAGAAUCAUGGCAUCGACCGGUAGUACACCAUUUCCGAAAUGGCAAUUGGCCAUCCUUCUCGGUGCACCUUUGGCCAUUGGCUUAGGUUACCUUUAUCUACGAAAUAGAUUAGAAGAUCCCGAGAAAAAAAAGGUUGCUGAUUUGAAAGCCAAAACAACUAUUUCAUUGGAUAAUGAAGAGAACAAUUCAAAAACCACGGAAAAUGCCCUUGACCGUGCCAUGAAAUUAAAGGGUGCCGGAAAUCGUGCGUUCCAUGCUGGCGAAUAUGAUAAGGCUAUAUCUCUGUACAACGAAGCCAUUGAGGCAUGCCCUCCUGAUCGUCCAGUUGAUAUGGCGACGUUCUAUCAGAACCGCUCAGCCUGUUACGAGAAACGUGAAAUGUGGGAACAAGUAAAAGAGGAUUGUACAUUUGCUCUGAAAUUAAAUGAAAAAUAUGUGAAGGCAUUUCUUCGCCGUUCCCGGGCUGCUGAAAAAAGUGGUGACUUAGUACUCGCGCUCGAAGAUGUAACCUCAGCCUGUAUACUUGAACGGUUCCAAGUUCAGAGUUCCCUUGUCAAUGCCGACCGCAUCUUGAAAGCGCUAGGUAGGCAACAUGCCCGAGAAGCUCUUGCUAGGCGCUGCCCUGUUAUGCCAUCUAAACACUUUAUCAAAACAUAUUUUUCUGCAUUUUCUGAAGAUCCUAUUGGUAAAAUACAGUUAGAUGACAAUGUCACUGGUGGUUUUUCUAAAGCUAAAAAAGCUUUGGAUACUCAAGAUUAUGAAUCAAUUGUUGAUGCUUGUACAGAAGAAUUGAAUGCCAAUGGCAAUUACAGAAAUGAAGCUCUCUUGCUUCGUGCAACAUUUUACCUGUUGCUGGGAAGACAUGAUGAAGCUCAAGCUGAUCUUGGAAAAGUUAUUGAAAGUGAUGCACCUGUCAAGGUAAAAGUGAAUGCUUUGAUUAAACGUGCAUCAUUAUAUACUCAGCUAGAAAAUACUGAGCGUUGUCUUGAAGAUUUUGCUAAAGCAGCAAAACUAGAUCCAAAUAAUUCUGAUAUUUAUCACCACAGAGGUCAGGUGUACCUGCUUCUGGAACGCAUGGAUGAGGCAACAGCCGAGUUCGCAAAGGCAGUGGAUUUGAAUCCUGAUUUCUCAAUUGCAUACAUUCAAAAGUGUUAUGCUGAUUAUAAGCAUGCUCAGAUAAACAAAAAUGUUGGUGCAUUAGCGCAAGCAAGAGCAGACUUUGAGCGUGCUUUGGAAAGAUUCCCUAGGUGUGCCGAGGCUUACAUUCUGUACGCACAAGUUCUCUCAGACCAACAAGAGUGGGGACGUGCUGAAGCUCUGUUUGAUUCUGCUUUAGCUGUCGACCCAAACAAUGCAACAUUGUAUGUUCAUAAGGGCUUAGUGCAACUUCAAAAAAGCACAGACUUUGACAAAGCUGUUAAACUCAUUAAUAAGGCUAUUGAAAUGGAUGACAAAUGUGAUUUUGCUUAUGAAACACUGGGCACAAUUGAGGUUCAAAGAGGCAACUUGAGGCGGUCACUGGAAUUAUUUGAAAAAGCUAUUGCAUUAGCCAAAACAGAGUUAGAGAUGACACACUUAUUCUCACUAAAAGAUGCAGCAGCUGCACAACUGAAGGUAUCUGAGCGUUGGGGCUUAGACUGGACUGUAAGCUAGGUCUGUCUCCCUAUGACUAUGUAACUUGUUCAAAGAGAACAAUAUCUGGCAUGAGAGAGUAUUCAUCCAAACCAAAAUUAAAUCUUUUUGAUCAAAUCUUAUCCAAUUGAGAGUAAUUUUUAAAUGGUUAUUCU